UGUCAAACAGACAGAAGUCAAUUCAUUUUUCCCGGUUAACCGCCAUUUGGAAGCUGUUCUCGAUUAUUGAAUACGGACUCCCAAUUAUAAUUUGCAAGUUUUCUUAAUAGUUUUCUAAUUUUCAUUUAUAAUUAAUUUACUAAACCUAGGUCAAUAAUCAUGGCAGAAGAAAAUAGAAUUCGUUCUUUCAAGAACAAAGGGAAAGACUGUGAGGAAAUGCGCCGCAGAAGGAUUGGACAAACAAUCGAACUUAGAAAGGCCAGGAAAGAUGAUCAACUACUGAAAAGAAGGAACAUCUCUUCAGUUGAUGAAGAACCCACUUCUCCUCAACUAGAAAACGAGGCAACCAGUCCGGUGCAUAUGAAAGCUGAAGAAAUUAUGUAUGGAAUGAUCAACCCAGAUGAAUCAAUCCAACUACAGGCAACUCUAUCUUGUCGAAAAAUUCUCAGUAGAGAACGCAAUCCGCCCAUUGAUCAAAUGAUUAGGCUCGGUGUGGUGCCAAGAUGUGUUGAUUUUUUGUCAAAGGACCAUAAUCCUGCUCUUCAAUUUGAAGCUUGUUGGGCAUUGACCAAUAUAGCUUCCGGAACAUCCGAACAAACUGCUGCCGUUGUGCACGAAGGUGCGAUUCCGAAGCUGCAGCUUCUUUUGAAAUCUCCACGUAUAGAUGUGGUCGAGCAAGCUGUGUGGGCUUUAGGUAACAUUGCUGGCGAUGGGGCAUUAACUAGAGAUAUGGUGCUGGCCUCUGGAGUUUUGCCCGAAAUCCUAAGACUCAUUAAUGCUGAUACUAGCAUAUCACUAAUGAGGAACGCUGUUUGGGCUGUUUCAAAUCUCUGCCGAAACAAGAAUCCGGCUCCGGACUUUGAAAGAGUUAGGCCUAUUUUGCCUACUCUUGCCCUAUUGCUAUCCUACACUGAUAAGGAUGUUCUAGCGGAUAGCUGCUGGGCUCUCUCUUAUUUAACGGACGGCAGCAACGAGCGGAUUGAAGCUGUGUUAGAAGCAGGCUUGAUAUCCAGAUUGGUGCAACUCCUUACGAGCAAUGAAAGCACAGUGCUCACACCGGCCUUAAGAGCUGUAGGAAAUAUCGUAACUGGUAACGAUGCACAAACUGACGUUGUAAUAAAUGCCGGAGUUCUACACGUACUACCUAAGCUUCUGCAACAUCCGCGACUGAAUAUUGUCAAAGAAGCUGCUUGGACCCUUUCAAAUAUUACAGCAGGGAACUCUACACAAAUUGAGAAGGUGAUCAACGCUGGGAUUAUGCCAGUUAUUUUGCAUGUUUUGUCUACUGGUGAUUUUAAAAGCCAAAAGGAAGCUGCCUGGACCGUAACAAACUUUACUAGCGGAGGAAGCAUACCACAAUUAAUAAAAUUAGUUGAGAUGGGCUGUAUUAAACCUAUGUGCAACUUGCUCAACUCAAAGGAUUAUAAGAUCGUGUCUGUGGUUCUGAAUGGACUAGAUAAUAUUUUGAGCGCUGCACACAAAUUGGGAGAGACCGAUAAGGUUGCUAUUUUGAUUGAGGAGUGUGGAGGACUCGAUUUGAUCGAAGCACUGCAAGCUCAUGACAAUGAAAAUAUUUACGACAAAGCUUUGAGCAUCAUCGAAAACUAUUUCAGCGAGACACAAGAAGCUGACAUGCCGGCUCCAGCAACUCAGGAUGGUCAAAUUACAUUUGCAUCGCCCCCUCAGGAAAUGCCUAAGGGUGGUUUCAAUUUUUAAGCUCACAUCUCAUGGCUUAUGUGAACUCUCAUUCCACUCUUUUGCGAUCAAGUAUUCCGGUUUAUUAAUCGCGAUUUGUUAACUUCCUAGUAGUUUUGCUGGGUUUUAUUUAACCAAUUUUUUAUAAGCGGUUUACCAAUGGCGAAAAUCUUUUUAUGCCCGAAAAUGUAAGCAUCAAUCACCAAUAAUGAGACACUUUUUAUCGUUUCAAAUUAGGUCUCAUCUUUUAUUUUUAGUGUUUAGUUUUUUUUUGUAAGCUUUUUAUUAUUACCUGCCAAAUCUCCCCAAACUGUCUUGUCUUGUCUCCCGCAACUAUCUUGUAUGGGUAUGGUUUUGAAGAUUUAGACUUUUAUACAGUUAAAAUUAUUCAGUCAGGUCAAGAUAGUUUAUCUGCGUACAAUAACCGUUCUUCAUUAAAAUUUGUAUCGUAGUUAUUUGCAGCAAUCCAUUCUUGCACAAUUUUGUUAUUGUUUAGGGAUUUCAAUUAUAUUAUACAUUUAUAUGA